CCAAUUAUUACAUCCACAACAAAACGAUAAGACAUCAAAUAACCUUUUCCCCCCAAACAGCCUCCAGUAGUUUCUAAACUUUGUUCACAGUAACAAAAUAAUGAUUUUCAAAUCUUUAUUAUUUUUGUUUUGUUUUAAAUUUUACGUUUCUGGUCAAGCAAUUGGAACAGAAUGCACGACUCCGGACCAAAAACCCGGAUCUUGCACCAACAUCGACGACUGUCCCUUUCUUCUCAACCUCCUAAUGAACCACAACACAAACAACACCGUCCGGACUUAUCUAAGAACGGCCGUUUGUGAAUAUUCGGGGCGCAACCCUGUGGUGUGUUGCCCCAAACAAGUUACAAGUGCCUCAAAACUGCCCAAAAGUCCGGCUUGUGGGUUUAGUAACAACACGAUUCCGAGAGUGGUCAACGGAGUACCAGCAAAAUUGGGAGAAUUUCCCUGGAUUGUCGCAUUGGGGUAUAGGAAUUCGAAGAAUCCAGAAAUGCCAAAAUGGCUCUGUGGAGGCUCUUUGAUCACUAAAAAACACGUUUUGACGGCCGCUCAUUGUGUGCAUAACAGGAGAGAUUUAUAUAUUGCUCGUUUGGGCGACUUGGAUUUAUACUCAGAUGAUGAUGGGGCCACCCCUUCGACUAUACCGCUCGCCAAAGCAAAAAUUCACCCCGAUUAUAACCCCACCAGAUUUACCAACGACAUUGCAAUUCUUACCUUAAAAGAAACAGUGAAUAAUCCUACAGUAUGGCCCGUGUGUUUGCCAACCAUCGAUCCAUACCGGUCCAUGUCUUACUUGAACUUUUCACCGACUUUAGCCGGUUGGGGAUCCAUUUCAUUUAAUGGGCCUUCUAGUUCAACAUUGCAACAAAUUUUUGUUCCUGUGUUAAGUCAACAACAAUGCGAACGUGCCUUUUCGAGAGUCGCCACAAUAGAUAAUAAAAUUAUAUGCGCAGGUUCUUUAAACGGUGAUAAGGAUGCUUGUGGAGGCGAUUCGGGGGGUCCCCUAAUGAACGAAAUCAAUGAAGGAACGAAUUACCGAAUUUAUCAAAUUGGAAUUGUCUCGUAUGGUUUUCGGUGUGCAACUCCCGGAUAUCCGGGGGUUUACACAAGAGUUACGGCUUUCGUUGACUGGAUUGAGCAAAAUUUAGACUAAAUAAUGACUUUUCUUCACUGGAAAAUUGUUUUAAUUCUUUAAAAUGUAUUGUUGUAUUAUUGAUUAUUGAGAUAAUAUAUUAACUUGGAAUAAAUCGUAAUUUUAAAUUUUAA